UUCACACGCACAAGAAAGUUCAGGGAUCUAUGUUCGCUCACCGCCACCCACCCAAUCAACCACUCAGACACCCAACCACCCACCACCACCCCCAAACACUUUUGUGGUGCCUUUUGCUGCAUGUCACAGUGAAAAUUCGUUCGGUGUCCGGCACGCACCGCAAAAGAAUCAAAGAGUGACAGAGUGGAGGAGGAAUACUACUUAUAAUAAGGCGAUUUUGUGCUGCUAUUUUUUUUGCUUUGUCUUAAGAGUUUGAUUGCCAUCGUCACCUCUGCUCGAUAGGGAAGAGCGGAGGAGUGGGUGGGGAGCAGCCUUUUCCGACAAGCCGACAUGGACCCAAGUCUUGGCAGCAGUGCUGCUCGCUGCAUCUUAGGGGCCUCGUCAACGCUUCUGUUGCUGCUCCGUCUGGACUACGCCGUGGGGCACGAGGCUGGGACAGGCGCCCACCACUCCAACCACAUGCGUGUUAGACGAGAUGAUGAAACGGGAAACGACACGGGGUGCGUGGGACCUGCUUCGGACGAGUUCCCCCCCGGCUUCUUCACUCCGGAGGAACAGCGUGAGGGCGGUGUCCUCAUCUACAUCCUCAUCGCCCUCUACCUCCUCCUCGCCAUCGCCAUCGUGUGCGACUAUUACUUCCUGCCCUCGCUAGAACUCAUCAGCGAUCGCCUCGGUCUCACGCUGGAUGUGGCAGGAGCCACAUUCAUGGCGGCUGGCAGCUCGGCACCGGAGAUGGUUACCGCAUUCCUAGGUGUGUUCGUGACCAAGGGGGACAUCGGAGUCAGCACGAUCGUGGGUUCGGCCAUCUACAACCUGCUGGGAAUUUGCGCGAUCUGCUGCCUGCUGUCGCCGUCGGCCUCGCCUCUCUCACAUUGGCCCCUGCUGCGAGACUCCUUGGCAUACGCUGUGAGCGUGGCCGUGCUCAUUGGCUGCAUACACGAUGGGAAGGUGCACUGGUACGAGGCCCUCUCGCUCGUGUCCGUCUACGCUGCCUACGUGGUGGCUCUGCACUUCGACGCGCGCCUCCGCCGCGCCUUCACACGCGGCUGCUUGUGCCUCCGCACGGCCGGGCAGCACCGCCGCCAUCAGCCGGGUCACGACCCCGAGACGCAGCCGCUCGUCGGCGUCGACGCGGCCGGCGAGGAACACAGUGGCGGCACCUCGCGUCGUUCCUCGACGGGGGUCAACGACUUCCUGCACGGGCGCGCCAGGUCGGACAGCGGCGUCAUCCUCAAGGACGACUCGGACUACUCGCAGUUGACCCUCAGCCUGCACGGCCUCACGUCGCUGGAGGACGAGGAGCCGAUGGGUCUGCUGCACGUGCCCCAGGGGGACGGGCGGCGCGUGCUCUGGGCGCUCUCGCUGCCCGUGCUGCUGCUGCUGGCGCUGACGGUGCCCGACUGCCGCGCGCGACGCAUGCGUCGCUUCUUCCCCGUCACCUUCUUCAUGGCCGCCGUGUGGAUCAGCGCGCUCACCUACCUGCUCGUGUGGAUGGUCACGGUCACGGGCGAGACACUGGGCAUCCCGGACACGGUGAUGGGUCUCACCCUGCUGGCCAUCGGCACAAGCCUCCCCGACACCAUCACCAGCCUGCUGGUGGCCAGAGAGGGCAAAGCCGACAUGGCCAUGUCCAACAUCGUGGGCUCCAACGUGUUCGACAUGCUGUGCCUGGGUCUUCCCUGGCUUUUGCGCACUGGCUUCGUGUCCCCUUCGGGCCCGGCCCACGUGAGCAGCGCUGGCCUCGUCUACUCGGCGGCGUCGCUGCUCAUCUCGCUGGCGCUGCUGCUCGCGUGCGUCCACGCGGCACGCUGGCGCCUCAGCCGGCCCCUGGGAGCCGCGUGCCUCGCCGCGUACCUCGUGUUCGUCGCCGUCGCCGUCCUGCACGAGGUCGGCGUGCUGGGUGGUGACCCCGCCGCCCGCGUCUGCGGAAAGUGAACCUUGAGCAGCCCUGGAGCACGAAG